UACCUAGGAAAGUUAUCGAAAACCGAUACAAAAUGAUGAACCAAAUGAAUAUGAUGAUGCAACAGCAGGGCGUUGGCGUUCCUGGUGGUCCUGGUAUUGUCGGUGGCGUGGGAAUGGCCGGUCCCGGAGGUGUUGGCGUUCCGCAAGGCAUGUCUCCGCAGAUGCAACAGCAGCAACAGCAAGUUCAGCAGCAACAACACGUCCAGCAGCAGCAGCAAGUGCAACAGCAACAGCAGCAGCAACACAGCCAAACGGCACAGCAGCAAGCCCAACAGACGGAGAAAGUCGACAACAUAUCGAAAGUGAAGGGGUUGGUUGGUCCGCUGCGCGACGCUCUAUCGACCACCAUCAAAACGGCCGCCCAGCUGAUUCAACAGAACAACCUAACCGACGCAGGAUCGUAAGUGGCCGAACUUAUUAGCAUCAUUCCUUCCUUCCUAACUUUACACUUUCCCUCGGUACUCCCCAGAAAAACGGUGGACCAUAACAACGCAACCCCGCGGUUUGAUAAGCAUUUAGAAGAGUUCUACUCCAUUUGCGAUCAAAUCGAGCUCAAUCUGAAAACCGCGAAACUCUGCAUGCAACAGUGUUCCUCGUCGCAGCAGUAUCUUCCGAUUCCGGUGGCCACCAGCCAGCAACCGCCACCUGAUACCAGCGCCCUAACGUACAACCAGUAUCUGGAGGUGGUGAAGCUUCAGAUCGGCUACGCAAAGGACAUCCACGACACGCUAAUCUGUGCCGCCCAGAAUAUCUCUCCGAGCGACUGAUAAACAAUAGUCUGUAUUUGUUCUCUUUUAUUCCUGUGUAUGGCGUGUAUACGUAAAUAUAAACAUUGAGA